UCUCGGACAAGAAGUGGAGCGUCACUUCUUCACUUUCCAGCGUUGUUUUUACUUUUUAUCUUUUUGCUUUACUCUGUAAAUUCUGCACGCCCCUUUUCCUCUGAUCUCUCACUCAUCAUUCCCUCUUCCGUCCCCGCAUAUCCAGUAAGAGAUUCCGCUGAUGAAGACACGGCAAGAACUUCAGCAGCAGCCAUCCGCGUUGAGAAAAUCCCCCAGGCUUUCUUCUGCUGUUUCUUCCACUCAACCUUCUGCGAAGCCGAAGCCCAGAACCAAACCCAGACCAGAAGAUGCAUGGGCCUUGUCAUUGCACGUGGUGGAGCCGCAACCUUUGAAAAUCUGCCCUCCUUCUCAUGAAGAAGGUAAUUCCUCUCGCAGAUCGUCGCGAUUUACUACUAACAAGUACAGAACUCCGUCCCCCAAAAGCACCAGAAGCAGCAGCAGACCCAAAGUGGUUACAGCACUGGUUUUAUCUGAAUUGAGGAGGUCUCCGAGGUUUUCUUCUUCAUCAUCUGCUCCGGCGUUGACUUUAAGGAGUGGCAAGAAUUUGGGUUCCGGAGAAGCAGGGACCAAGAGACGGCGCCGUUCGGAGGAUAAAGAAGCUGAGCCGCGGGUCGUGAAGAAGGCAAAAGAGGGUUCUAGUGAUAGGAGUUUGAGGAGGUCUCUGAGGCUGAGUGGGGCCGGAAACGGAAUUGCAAACCUUCAGCUUAUUGCAUUGCCGGAACCAGGUCCCAAAUCUGUGUUGAGUGAGAAAUCCUUAAGAUCAAGAACUGUGUUAAUGCAUGUGGGAGAUGAGAAAAUUAAUCGUAAGAAAAAUGGUGGAGAUUUCAGUGUAAAUGAGAAGCACCUAAGGUCUCGUGUAAUUAAGUGUGUUUUGGAUGAAUCGCCUGAAGCUUCAGAGAGAAGGGCCAUCAGAAGUCCUCCUGGUGAGCUACCUUUAGAAAUGGCGAAUACUUUUACUGACAAGUGCGUAAGAUCUAGAACUGUGAAAAUGCAUGUGGGAACCGGCGAAGAGAAGUCCGGGAAAAGUGCUUCCAAGAAAAGUAGCGGUGAUUUCAGUGUAAAUGGGAAGGACUCAGGAUCUCGAGGAACAGCAUAUGCUUUGAUUGAAUUGCCCGAAACUUUGGAAAUGCGGAAUUUAAGGAGUAGCUUAAGGAAGUCUCCAAGGUUAAAUCAGGAGGCGGCUGAAAUCCGAAAACUUGAGAUGCUUGAGUUGCCCGAGAAAAGCACUCUUUCAAGUGAGAAGUGCUUACGAUCAAGAACUGUGAAAAUGCAUGUGGGAAACGAGAAAGAGAAGUCGGUGAAAAUUGCUUCCAAGAAAAGUAUUGGUGAUUUCAGUGUGAACGGAAAGAACUUAAGAUCUCAAGGAACAGCCUGUGCUUUGAUUGAAUUGCCCGAAAGUUCUGAAACAAGAAAUUUAAUGUGUAGGUUAAGGAGGUCUUCAGGGUUAAAUCAGGAGGGGGGUGAAAGCCCAAAAUUUGAGAUGCUUGAGUUGCCUGAUAAGAACACUGUUUCAGGCAAGAAAUGCCUAAGGACAAGAACUGUAAAAAAGGAGUUGCAGAAAGAGAGGAUGGAAAGAGAUGCUUCUGUGAAAAGUGCUUCUAGUGCUAUGUCAAGUGAGAAGUGCUUAUCGUCUCUGAAAUUAGAGUAUGCUUCAGAUCAAUUUCCUGAUACUUCUGAGGGACGGGAUAAGGGGAAAUAUGAUCUGGAGCCAGAGGUGAUGAGUGAGAAGUGCUUAAGGUCUAGGAAAAUUCAGUUUAGAGUAACUGAGGAUGAUAAUGGUGAGAAAACUGACGCAAUUUUAAAGCAGCAUGCUUCCAAGGAUGAAUGUAAAGCAAAGAACACAAUAGAAUCAGACAAAAAGGAGAAGGGCACUCAAUGUUGUUUUCUCGGAGACCCAAUUCCGCAAGAAGAGGCUGAUCAAAGGUGGCAGUGGCGGUAUGAGUUGAAGAGUAAAAAAAGGGGUCAAAGCUGGAAAUUAAAUGCUGGUGAGGAAGAUGAAAUCAUACUGAAUGUGGAUUGUCAUUAUGCUCAAGCUAAAGUUGGUAGCUGUGUUCUGAAUAUUGGGGAUUGUGUAUAUGUGAAGGGUGAGGGAAAGAAGAAACAUGUUGGAAGGAUCUUGGAAUUUUUCAAAACAAUGGAGGGUGAAGAAUACUUUAGGGUUCAAUGGUUUUUCAGGGCUGAAGAUACGGUUUUAAAAGAUGCUGCUUUGGUGCAUGACAAGAGACGUUUAUUCUACUCCACCUUACUGAAUGACAACCCAUUAGAUUGCAUCAUUUCAAAAGUCAAUGUUGUAAAAGUGCCACCUGCGCUAUGCCUAAAAUCAAACCCCGUUGCAUCAGCUGCUUUUUAUUACGAUAUGGAGUAUUGUGUGGAAUAUUCAACAUUUCGUACCUUGAGAACAGAAAUGUCUACAGAGAGUCGAUCAUUCUUGUCGAGUCCAAAGCAUUCUGAUGACAAACCAAUUACUUUGACACCCCUGGAGGUUUUGCCGAAUGACGAGUCUUUGAAACCAGAAUUAGCAUUACUAGAUCUAUACUCUGGAUGUGGUGGAAUGUCAACUGGAUUAUGUAUUGGUGCGAAGCUUUCUAGUGUAAAUCUUGUGACGAAAUGGGCAGUUGAUUACAAUAGCUCUGCAUGUGAAAGUUUGAAACUGAACCAUCCAGAAACCCAAGUUAGGAAUUCAUCUGCCGAGGAUUUUCUGGAGCUAUUAAGGCAAUGGGAGAAAUUGUGUAAGUUGUAUGUGUGCGAUUUAGAAAGAACACUCAAAUGUGAAUUGGAGAGUCCUUCUGAAGCUGAAGGCUAUGCCACCCAAUUGGAUGGAGAGGUCUCUUCCGGAGAAUAUGAGGUCUCCUGUCUAGUCGAUAUUUGUUAUGGUGAUCCUAGCGAUAGUGGAAAAUGUGGGCUACACUUCAAGGUUCGCUGGAAGGGGUAUGGUCCAGAUGAUGAUACAUGGGAAUCGAUCGAAGGAUUGAGUAAUUGCCAAGAGCGGAUAGAGGAAUUUGUUAGGAAGGGAUUUAAGUCUAAAAUCCUACCUUUCCCUGGUGAUGUUGAUGUCAUUUGUGGGGGCCCUCCAUGUCAGGGCAUUAGCGGCUAUAACCGCUUCAGAAACUUCGAUUCCCCGUUGUCUGAUGAAAGAAACCGCCAAAUCAUUGUCUUCAUGGAUAUAGUGGAGUUCUUAAAGCCCAAGUAUGUCUUGAUGGAAAAUGUGGUUGACAUCAUCAGGUUCGAUAAAGCCUCUCUUGGAAGAUACGCUUUAAGUCGUUUGGUGAACAUGAAUUACCAAGCAAGGCUAGGCACCAUCGCCUCUGGUUGUUAUGGUCUGCCACAAUUUCGUUUGCGUGUUUUCAUUUGGGGUGCACAUCCUAGUCAAAUCUUGCCCCAGUUCCCCCUUCCGACUCACGACGUUGUUGUCAGAUAUUGGCCUCCACCAGAAUUUGAGAGAAAUGUUGUUGCUUAUGAUGAAGGCCAACCUCGAUCACUUGAAGAAGUCCUCGUUCUCCGCGAUGCAAUUUCUGAUCUCCCAGCUGUUAGAAACGAUGAAAUCCGUGAGGAAAUGGCAUAUGAAAAGCCUCCAGAAACCGAGUUCCAAGCCUACAUAAGAUCCAGCAAAGAUGAAAUGAUGCGCCUUGUGUCAACCAGUGAUUCACAAACAAAAGUUUCUGUUUUAUACGACCAUAGGCCUUUACAGUUGUCUGAGCAUGAUUACUUGCGUGUUUGUCAAGUCCCACACCAAAAAGGAGCCAAUUUCAGGGACUUCCCUGGACUUGUCGUCGGAGAAGAUAACGUGGUUCGUCGCGAUCCAACCAAAGAGCCAGUGAUGCUACCAACAGGAAGGCCACUUGUUCCAGACUGUGUAUUAAGUUUUAAACAAGGGAAGUCGAAAAAUCCAUAUGCAAGAUUAUGGUGGGACGAAACGGUAUCGACAGUAGUGACCUUUCCCCAUGUUCGUUCGCAGGCAGUUUUACAUCCUGAGCAGGACAGACUUCUCACUAUACGCGAAUAUGCUAGAUUGCAGGGAUUCCCAGAUUUUUACAGAUUUUGCGGAACAAUUAAAGAAAGGUACUGUCAGAUAGGGAAUGCCGUGUCUAUUCCAGUGGCACGAGCCUUGGGAUAUGCUCUUGGAAUGGCAUACCGGAAGGUAAUUGGAGGUGAGCCGCUUAUGACAUUGCCACCUGAGUUCUCUGACCACGGGCCUACGGUUGAUGAAACGGUUGUCUAAAGGAGGUAAACCAAAAUUCAUUGUAGCUUAUGCUAGUUGACAUGGUGCAAAUUUCUCAUCAUGCGACAUUUGUUGUACAUGUAUGUAUGUUAUUAGGACCAUUUUCAUUUCUCUGAUCAUUGAACUGAAUGAUGUGUUAAAUGUCUAUUAACUUAUAAAGCAACAUUACAUAGACAGACACAUUGAGGAAAAUGAUGAUGUUGCUUUAUCGCAAAAA